AUGGACGAUGUGGAACGCAAUCUCGACGACCCGAAAGCUUUCCCAGCUUCAGACUUCGCGCACAGCGCUCCGGAGACCGGAGAGAACGGCUCCGCCGCGACCGAUCCAUCAGCGACCCCGUCCACGACCCCCUCAGCGCUGGACGCGGAUGAUGUGUUCAAUCCCGACACGCACGUGCUGCUGGGGCAGGAGCUGAAGACCGACCGCCAGGUCAAGGUCGUACUGCGGGCGCUGUACUGGACGGCGGCCCUGUCCGCUGGCGCGCUGGCUGCCGUCUUCGCCCUCAAGGCGCGGCUGUCCGGCCGGCCGCUGAUCGACACGCGGCGGCUGCACCAGCUGAACGCCGCAUUCGCGGCACUGCACCUGGGGGCAUCUGCUGCCACCGCAGUGGUGCUCGCCCUCCGGCUGCGUCUGGUGGCCCGCGCGGGGCUGGCGUGGUCCAAACGCCGCCGGAGAUGGGUGAAUCUUUAUUCAAGCCAGCUCGCCCUGGUCAUGCUGCUGGCGGCUGCCUUCCUGGCGCCGAAUGCCCACAUGUUGACCAACCCGUGUGGCCAUGUGGACGCGCCGGUGUGGGUGGCGCAUGGUGUUCGGUUCACGUGCUGGAACUCGCUGCUGGCGCUGUUCGUGAUCGGCGUGAGGAACUACACGCCCAGCACGGAAGCCGCGGACAGGCCGGAUGCUAUCCUGCUGGACGCCCCGUGGCGCGUGCACUGGCCGGUGGGCGUCUACUGGAUGGCGUUUGAGGUCGGUUUAGCGGUGGCGGUGGCUGGCCGUCUGGCCACAUCAAGCGCUGAAACCGCCUGCAGGGAGAUCGAGUCUGGGCAAUGCGACCCCGGCGGCGUCUGGCUGUUCUCGGCUAUUCUCUUCGGGGUGCUUUUCAUCGGGUACGUCGCGAUGUACGCGCGCAGCGCCCGGCGGGCAUUCGUGGAGCUGGGCAACAAGGCGUACUGCGAGUUCCGGUGGACGAACGUGGAUCUUAGGUACCAGGUGCGGAUCGGGACCCUGGUGAUGCUCUUCGGGCUGGCGGACAUCCUGCUGUGGUUCGCCGAGAUGCGCUCCUGCCUCAGCUUCGUGAUGGCGCGCUUUGGCCUCCUGCCCGCGGAGUUCUCCGUAACGGCGUUCACGAUCGUCGACUGCGCCUUCAUGCUGCCGGGCCGGCCAGGAACCAGGCCGCCCGAGGACGCCGCCCAUGGGCUGGAGAACUACAGGUGCUUUGCUUCAUAG